CGAAGUGGACUCUAACGAGCAUGGUAAAGAACGUCAGACUAGAGAGAAAGUGAGUGAGUAUGGGUGCGUGCGAGUGAGCGAUUGUGCAACGAAACGACAUGCAUAAUUUUGAAAUAGUUGUACAUAAGUUAUAUGUAUAAACGGUGUUGGCACGUAUAGCUGAACAACUAUUGAAAGUUCUCGUGUGGUUAAAUUUUGGUAUAAUAUUAUAACUAAAUCUUUUAAUAUAUUCCAUGGCAAGUAUGAUUCUUCAAAUGUUCUCCGUCUCGUUCGUCGUGCAUACACGAUCAUACUACCAUCGCGCGAUUCGAAGACGCAGUGUAGAAACGAGAGCAAGUAGUUUACACCAGUGAAGAAACGUUAGGCUAUCUACAUCGUUAUGCUGUGUGCAUGUUUUUGAAUAACAAUGUUAAAUCUUGAAUCAAGUAUCAUAUUUUCUGUUAACAUCAAUAAAAUCAUCUUAAAGUGAAUCUGUUUAUUAAAAUUUAUAAUAAAGUAAAGAAACUUCAUUGCGUAAUCAAACUUGUAUAUACACGCAUCUAUAUAAUCUUUAGUAUGGUUCGAAUUUUAUUAUUUUUAGUAUGUAUAUAAAAAAAACAUAUAUACGCUUUUUAACUAAAAAAUUAUUUAAACGAAAUUAACGAUAUUGAGAUUUUGUAGUCUGUAACAAAUGAAAUCCAAUUUGGAAUAUAAUAAAUAUUGGAUAAUAAAACAUUGUAAAGCAGAGAUGCAAAUUCAAAUAUAUACUCAGUUUGAUAUAUAACGUAUAUAAUCAAUACGAUAUAAAAUCACAAAAAAAUGAGAACAUUUACGUUCAUGCUUUGUUCCGUGCUUUUAUUAUCUUUACUGCUACUCAUUAGCAAUGUGUCAUCGGCCCCUUUCUAUGAACAUGUUGCCCUUCAAGCUGCCGAUCAAUGUGAUUGGAUUGGAAGUGGUGGCGGUGGUCGCGGUGUUCGACCAGUAUAUCUACGAUGUUCCAGAGGAACAAUAUUGUGGCGUUAUCCACGAGGAGCUUUGCGCGUAGUUCUCUCGCCUCCUGUUUUAAAUGAAUUGAUAUCGAAGAUUCAUUAUGAAUUCAUUCGAAAAAAAAAUGAUAUUAAUAUGAAAAACGAUACCAAUCCGAUUAGUAACAAUAGUGCUUUUCAGUUAUUUGGUUUUCGUACUUGUACCAAGGUUUCAGGACCGAUAAGAGUAUAUUUGGAAACAGGUGGAAAACUUCGAUCAGUAUAUUCGCCAAGAGAUGGCAAACAUAAAGCUUCGCACAGAUGUUUUCACGCGAAGAAACAACCUGCAGCACUUUAUAUAGAAGCAGAAGAAUCGAGUGAAUAUCAUGAUGCGAGGCUACAAUACGAUUUGGAAUUACGAUAUAUUGAUAGUCGAAAAGAAAUAUCACGACGAUUUAACGAUGAGGAAGAAGAUUGUAGGCCAUGUUCUAUGGAUGAAUUAGCUAAAGCUUAUUGUCAAAGCGACUUCAUAGCUAGAGGUACAGUGAGUGCCGUUCAAAAACAACCAAAUUUGGAAGCUGCUGAACUUAUCCUUAGAGUAACAAAAAUUUUGCGUCGAAUUGAAGAAAACGAGAAUAACGAUGCAGAUGCCACUGAUUUCCAUGAUCACAGAAAUGUUCAUAUAAGAGUAUCAGCUGCUUGUGACGCACGCCAUGGUCAGGGCGAGUUUGUGAUAAUGGCUAAACGAAGACUCGGUGAUCUUGUUUUGGUUUGUGCACCGAGAAUAGAAACAUGGGCUAAAACAGUCCGCGAAUUAGAAAGUGCACCGUGUGUUCUUCGAAGUUAGUAUAUUCAUUUAACGAAAUACUUGUAAAUAAUUUAUUUCCUUAUUCUGAAUGAUAUGAAUAUCGAUCUCCAAACUGUGAUAUUGUUUUGUGGAAAUUUUUUGUAAAAAAUACACAAUUUUUUAGCAACAUAA